AUGUAUUACGAUACGGUUUCCACUUACACCCCGCGCAAGGCCAAGGUUCUGUUGCUUCAUGGCAACGGACAAUCAGCACAUACCUUCCAGGCCAAGAUGCGGUUUCUGCAUGAACCAAUUGCCAGAGCGAUUAAUAAAGCCCCUUCAAUCACACAUCGAGACGUCUACUCUGGAGGGGUCGAUUUUGUAUACCUGGACGCACCCAUACCUGCGUCUCAGAUCGACCGGGGCCAGGAGCCUCGAAACGGAAAAGAAGCCAACCCGGACCGACUUAUCGACUCUUGGGUGUGGGGGGAUGGGGAUCCAGAGAAUGGAGAAAUAAUUGGGGCGGAGACCGUGCUGCCACACCUAACGCGGGUUCUCGAGGGGCAAGGCCCAUUUAUGGGGGUCAUCGGCUUCUCCGAAGGUGCGACGUGGGCCACAGUUCUCAGUGGACUCUUAGAGCGCGAGGCAAAAGCAUCGACGGGAUUCCAUACAAACCACCCACCGCUGCAGUUUUGCAUUGCCUUCUCGGGCUUUCGGUUUGAGCACGAGUCCUACCAAUGGAUGUACACACCCAAGAUUGAGACACCCGUUCUUCAUUUUAUGGGCACGCUGGACACCCAGGUGACUGAGCAGCAAACCCUCAGACUCAUCGAGGCCUGUCAAAAUCCGACGGUUCAAUAUUUUGAGGGAACCCACUAUAUCCCCAGGACACCUGAGAUUAAUAAGCGCAUUACCGAUCACAUCCAGCAAGCGCUAGUAUGGAGCCUAGGCUAA